GUCAGUGGUAUAAAUUUGUGUACACGUCGAGUGGGAGAAGAGAAUUGUCAGCAGACGCUUGGUGAAUGUGUGAAGUGAGCUUGUGAGUUUGUUUGCGCAUGUCAAAUUUACAACCACCACCACCAUGAACUUACUAUUAUCAGUGACGACAACGAAAAAAUUCAACAACGCUGAGACCAUCGUUCUUGAUAUUGUUCACCUCAGUCGGGAUGCCGUCCGUGCAGCCUCGUGGUAUUCAGUGUCACCGUGUCGAUCGGUGAACGUUGUGAAAUGAGUGAUAAACCGAUGGCUCUUUGCCUCGUGCUUAUUCUUAGUGUUGCAAGAACCGCGUGGACUGACGUCUUAUCAACAGCCGAUGAACCAAGCUUUGGUCAACCAAUAUCAAAUGUGACAAUACCAGUUGGACGAGAUGCACUGCUUGUUUGUGUUGUGGAUAAUUUAGCAACUUACAAGGUGGCAUGGUUGCAAGUUAACACACAAACAAUUCUGACAAUUGCGACACAUGUUAUCACAAAAAAUCAUCGGAUAUCAGUAUCACACAGUGAUCACCGGUGGCAUUUGCAAAUUCGGGAUGUACGAGAGAGUGACCAGGGGGAAUACAUGUGCCAGAUAAACACCGACCCUAUGAUAAGCCAAGUUGGUUACCUAAAGGUCGUAGUACCUCCAGAUAUUCUUGAUUAUCCUACCAGCACAGAUAUAAUUGAACGAGAAGGAAACAAUGUAACUCUACGUUGUGCUGCAACUGGAUCACCAGCUCCAAAUAUAACAUGGAAACGUGAAACAAGCGGAUUAAUACCACUACCAACUGGUGAAGAAGUCGUCAGUGUGAAUGGUACAGUUUUGAACAUAACCAGAGUAAACCGACUUCACAUGGGAGCUUAUCUGUGCAUUGCAUCAAACGGCGUUCCACCAACUGUCAGCAAACGCAUUAUGCUCAUCAUUCAAUUUCCACCCAUGAUCACAAUAUCAAAUCAGCUGGUUGGUGUACAAGAGGGUAAAGAUGUUGUAUUAGAAUGUCACUCUGAAGCUUAUCCGAAAUCAAUCAAUUAUUGGACCAACGCAAACAACACGAUUCUUUCAAAUGAUGAUAAGUACGAGUCUUCAUUCUCAGACAAUGUACAUAUGGAUGCGUACAAAGUUCACAUGAAGCUCAAAAUUCGGAGAAUUAAAUUAGCCGAUUAUGGAUCAUACAAGUGUAUUUCUAAAAAUUCACUUGGCAGCACUGAUGGAACAAUCAAAAUAUAUCGAACUGAGCCACCAACGACAAAGCCAACAACAACAACAACAACACCAAUGCCCACAGUAAUAAUAGUUGAAAAAAAGCCAAGAUCACGUAACAAAUCAACAUCUACAGUAUCGACAAAUAUCAAUGAAAUAGUUAAUGUCUUGAAUACAUCGAGUAAUGAAAAACGAGGUGCACAAUUACGUGAAAAACCAAAAUACGAAGAAAAACAUGGAAGGAAUUAUAACAGUAUUGAAAAUAUUCGUUCACCUGAUAAAACUGCACAGUCAAUGUCAUCAUCAAAAAGUUGUGCUGCAAUUUAUUUAUUUUUAAAUUAUCAUGCAGUUGUAUUUAUUAUACUGAUAAAUAUUAUUUUUUAAUUCAUUCAUAAAUUAAUUAAAAUAUUAUCUCUCUACAUAUAAACACUAUUUUAUCAGGGAACAAACUUGGAGGAAUAUAAAAAAAAGAAAAUUGUAUCACGUGAGAAAAUUAAGAAAAGAAAAAAAAAUCGAAUAAGAGUUUUGUGAAAAAAAAGAAAAUACUCAUCGGUUAUUAUAAAAAUCGAAAAAACAAAAUUAAUCAUAAUAAGCAUGUACUUUCCUAACAAUUAAUAAUACUUGAAAAAAAAAGCCAAUAUUGUAAAUACAACGUUAAUAAUUUGAAAUAAUAAUUUUAAAUAAAUUGCACAAUGAAAUUAAAAAAUGACUGUAUGAUCAUUGAAAAUUUGUAAAUAAUAAGACAAAAUGAAUUAGGAUAUAUUGAAAAUAUCAUUAAAUAAAACAACGAUAAUUUGUAAAUAAAAAAUAUAAAUUAAAUAACAAAAUUUAUCGUUGUUGCGAUUCAUAAAUAUGUCAGCUGUAUAUAUUUGUAUCUGAUAAUUGAUAAUGUACUGUGUUUUUAUCCUGAAAAUUUUAAAUUAUCAAAUGCACAGAAUUAUAAAUAUACAGUUAGGUGUGAUAUCAAUCAAUUGAAUUAAUUUGUUGAUGUAAUAUCUCAAAUGUUAAUUGAGAUAUUGCAUAUGGAGGAAUUUUGCUUUAUAUCGUAGAGUAUUAAUAAUAAAUUUAAAAUGUGAAUAAUAUUGCAAUAAAAACAGGAUAAAAUAUCACAAGUAUUCUAGAGAUUGAUGUUUUUUUUUUUUCAUGGAUAUGCAUCAACAGGGUUAGUUGUUGUCAUCUAGAUAUAAUAAAACUGUGUGAAAAAAAUGUGUGUGUGAAAGAAAAAAAUGAUGUUAAAAAUAGUCAUGUAUUAUUUUAUAAAUAAUUUAUUUCGUUAUGUUUUAUAUUAUCCUAAAUAUCCAACGACGUUGACACAAAAAAAAAUCCUCUUUCAAAACUAACUGCUUUAAUGAUUCAAAAAAACAAAAACAAAGUUUUGUAUUAAUUUUUAUAUUUUAAAUUUAAAAAAAUGAUAAAUCGUCUCAAUAACUUGUCGAUUAUAAAAAUUUUUAAAUAGAAAUCAUUUCAUUUUAAAAAGUCAAGAAUUAAAUAUUUUUUUUUCAAUCUUGUUAAUUAGGUAUAAAAGAUUGUUUAUUAUUGUUUUAUUUAAUUCAGUAUUAUUAAUUAUAAAAACGUUAUAAAUUAAGAAAAAUUAUAUUUAAAAUAAUUUAUUAAUGAAUGAAAAAUUGUUUAUUGUUAUUGAUAUUAAAUAAAGUGUGAAUGUUUAAUAUUUUUUUGAUGAAAUUUUUCAUAAUAAUUGUAAUGUACUGAUUGUACUGAGUGUAUAUAAAUUUAAGUUUAAAAAAAAAAAAAUUAUAAUGAUAAAUUAAAUGUAACAUUGUAUAAUAAUAAUGAGAUACCUUUAUGAAAAAAGUGUGUUUUAAUAUCAUGCUCAGAAGAAAUUCAAUUAAUUAUUCUUUGAAAAAAUAAUUUAAAAAAAAAGUAAAAUAAAUGAGAAAAAAAAGAGUAAUAUAAUAAAAAUUAAAAUGCAAUAUCGAUUGAAAAUUUGAUAGUAAUUGGGGCUACUCUAUUUUGAUGAUAGAAAGUAAAUUUAAGAAAAAGAAAAAAAAGGUAAAGUACUUAAUAUUAAUAUACCAAGUUAUAAAAGACACAGUCAUUUUGUAUAUGGUAGAUAAUUAAUUCAAACACCUCCUAGACAAAUGAAUUAAUAUGACAAGAAGAGUGUUAAAAUUUAUGAUGAAAUUGUUACUUGCAUGGAGUAGAAAAUUAUUGAAUAAUUUAUAUUUAUAAUACUAGAUUUUUAGAUUAUAAUAAGA